AUGAACUUGCAAAUUUUCGGCGGGAAUAUGAGCUCCGUUUGGAAACGACUGCAGCGCGUCAACAAACGCGCUGCCAAAUUCCAAUUCAUCUGCGUCUAUCGAGAAAUGGAAGUUGUGGCGACGAAGAAAUGGAAUCCUACGAAACUAAGCGUCGUCUUCACUCGACGCAACCGACGAUACGCAUCUACCCCGCUGCAAUGGGUCAACUCCAUAAGAGAGCCCUAUCGGGGCUCAGUGCUUUGGGACGUCCCGGAAAACAUCGAGACGAGAGUGACGUUGUUCAAGGAUUCACGGAACAACGAGUAUGAAGACAAAGAAUGGCACUUCGUCAUAGAAGACGUCAGCGAAAAGAGCGGGAAACGAAAGUUGCAACUUGCGCCAUCAAUAUGA